AUGGCCGAGAUAUCAACGUAUCUAUUGCUAGUGCUGCGUGGCCUAGAGUUCCUGGUCGAGGAAGAGAUCCGCUCAAAGCUGAAGGUGGAAAAGUUAGAGAUAUGCAGCAUACAGGAGAAAUCUCGUCCGCCAUAUAUGCAGGUGAUGCAGGGUCAAGCUGCAGUGGGCAAGAUCAUCUUGCAGACAAAGUCGUCGGCUACGGAAGUUCAGAAACUGCGAUCAGUGCAGGCGACGCUAGCGUUUCUGGCUAAGAGUGAUGAAAUUGACACGGAAAGUGACAAUGGGGUGGAGCAGAUUGGGCAAAUGUUGAUAAAGUCGGAUUGGACUGCGGCUGUAAAGUUGUGGAAAGAGCAUGCAAAGCAUCCGACAGAUGACGCCAUGAUCAAGUUUCGAGGCUCUUGUGUACGUGAUGGCAAACACGCGUACAACUCGCAAACUGUGGCAGGAGAAGUCGGUGCACGUGUGGUUGAGAAGUUUGGCUGGAAUGUGAACUUGACAGAAUUUGAUCUAGAAGUGGUUGUCGUGAUCUUUUUCAAGUUCAUGGUGGCUGGCAUUUCGUUAGCGGAUCUUCGAAAGAUUCAGUUUCGCAACCGAUUGGCGAAUGAAAGUCGCAAUGCACUAGCGGAUUCACAAUACGUUUCCACUCUGCGUCCCAGUACGGCGUAUCUGAUGCUGCAGCUUGCAAAACACAAAUAUGGCGACGUGGUAUUGGACUCCAUGUGUGGAAUUGGUACGCUCCCAAUCUGUGCGGCAGACUUUACAAAUGACGGAGUCUAUGCUCUUGGAGGCGAGCUUGACGAGUUGCCAUCGGGAAAGGCUGGCAGGAAUACGCAAACUCGAGUGCGUUUUGUUGACAUUGUACGCUGGGACAGCGCGCGGUUGCCUUUGCGUGACCACAGCAUCGACCGAAUCAUGAUCGACAUGCCGUUCGGUGUUCGCUGUGGUAACCAGCGCCAGAAUAAUAAGAUGUAUCCGAAAAUCUUCAAAGAGCUCCUCCGUGUUUUGCGUCCUGAUGGUCGAGCAGUAUUGUUGGUCAUGUCCAAAAAACUCUUCAAAGGUGCGGUCAAAGAUUUACCAUGUCAUGUCGUGGAUGAGCACAGGGUAAACAUUGGAGGUUUAGGUGGAGGUAUCUACAUUCUCGAGCCUACUACAUCCGUCACAAAUGAAUCAAAGCUGUUCCAAGAGAAGCCUAAGGCCACAAUGAGAGCCCUCACUAUUCCCAUAUAA